UCCAAAACGGCAGUUCCGCGUUUAUUGUGACAGCCUCAGCGGAGACAGUGACAGCCUGCAUGGAUACUUGAAGUAGUGUCACUCUGUAUGGUUUUGUCUGGUCGUUUCCGCUGUGAACGCCUCGCGGGGUCGUGGUCGCUGUGGGGUGGACCUCGGGAGGAACGCGGAGUGGCGCGGGGAGGUUCAGCAGCAUGCUCAGCAGGGUCAGGUCGGCCGUGGCCAGUCUGGUGGGCGGCUUUAUGUCCGGCUCAGGCAGCAGCAGCAGCAGCAGCGGAGAGCGAGCGAGCGCCGCGGAUUUGCCGCUGAAGUUCCCGUACGUGAGGCCAGAGUUUCUGGGACUGUCACCGGACGAGGUGGAGUGCUCGGCUGAUCAUGUGGCGCGACCCAUCCUCAUCAUCAAAGAGACGAAGAGGUUACCAUGGGCAACGGGAUACGCAGAGGUAAUAAAUGCUGGGAAAAGUGCUGUGAAUGAGGACCAGGCCUGCUGUGAAGUCUUGGUGGUGAAGAAAAGGCUCACUGGAUCCUCCACACCCUCCAAAACGUCCAAGAGGAGAUCCUCGCUGCCUAAUGGAGAGGGCCACAGCCUUGCAGAGAGCUCAAUAGAUAAAGAGGAGCUGGUCUUCCACUACUGGGCUCUGUUUGAUGGCCACGCUGGCUCAGGUGCAGCAGUAAUGGCCUCCAGGCUGCUCCAUCUGAACAUCGCGGAGCAGCUCCAGGACGUUUUGGAUGUCUUGCGCAACAUGGCAUCACCGCCUCCCACUAUAAUGGGAGAUGACCUGGAUCAUACCAGCACCCCUUGCAUGCCUCGAGCCCUAACACGAGCAUCCUCGCUCCGCAACUCACCCAACACUACUACACCCCGCUUUUUCACAGAGAAGAAGAUCCAGCACGAAAGCCUGGUGAUGGGUGCCCUCGAGAAUGCCUUCAAAUACAUGGAUGCUCAGAUCGAGAGGGAAAAAGCUGUGUAUAAUAUCACGGGUGGAUGCACUGCACUCGUGGUGGUGUUCAUUCUGGGCAGGCUGUUUGUGGCCAAUGCAGGGGACAGCAGAGCCAUCAUAAUCAGGAAUGGUGAGAUCAUCCCCAUGUCUGCAGAGUUUACUCCUGAAUCCGAGAGACAGAGACUGCAGUUCCUGGGUUACAUGCAUCCUCAGCUGUUGGGGGGAGAGUUCACACACCUGGAGUUCCCUAGACGGGUCCAGAGGAAGGAAGUGGGCAAAAAGGUGCUUUACCGUGACUUCACCAUGACUGGCUGGGCAUACAAAACCAUUGAGGACGAGGACCUGAGAUUUCCUUUAAUAUAUGGAGAAGGAAAGAAGGCUCGAGUGAUGGCAACAAUUGGUGUGACUCGAGGGCUCGGAGAUCAUGACCUCAAAGUGCAUGACUCCAAUAUCUACAUUAAACCAUUCUUAUCCUGCUGUCCUGAGGUGAGAGUAUAUAAUCUGCUGCAGUACGAGCACGACGCUGAUGAUGUGCUGGUUAUGGCCACUGAUGGCCUCUGGGACGUUCUCUCUAACGAGGAAGUGGCCGAGUACGUCACUUCUUUUCUCGCCAACUGUGACCCAGACGACCUGCACAGGUACACUAUGGCAGCACAAGAUGUGGUGAUGCGUGCUCGGGGCGUGCUCAAGGACCGUGGAUGGCGCAUAACAGAUGACCGCCUCGGCUCCGGAGAUGACAUUUCCGUUUACAUCAUCCCACUUAUGUAUGGUAACCGACAGCCGUAGAGCAAUGGCUUCCCUACUGAACACUUCUCUCAUGAACACAUACACAAUUUAGCAACAUUUCACACCCUGUGAUAAACAGUAUACAGUGCUCCCCUUUAGACUGGGGGGAAAAAAACAUUUCUACGUUUCUCAUGACCCAUCACUUAGCACAACUUCUGGUUAUGUGGCUUUGCGACUAAUCCACAGAUACAGCUUGGUAAUGAGUUUUCUGUUAUAGCUAUGACUGAAGGCUGGUUUUUAUUAAUGUAGGUCUUAUUUUGUUGGAAAUGUGUGAUAAAGUGCAAAGAUUUCCAAAUUAGUCAUUCAUUAAUGUUUGUUAUUUCAUUAACAUUUCAAAGUGCUGACUACAUUUGGUGAAUUUACAAAUUAAGCAAUAUGCUAGGUAUAUUUUAACAAUUUUUUGUUAAACGAGAUAUUCGGAGCAGGUCGAAACCUUGAAGACUAUGUUUAUUUUCAGCGUCAGAGCCGUCCUUCUUAUGCACAUGCACUUAUUUUAUGAUAUUCUUUGAGUUUAUUUUGCAUCGUGCCUGGAUCAUUAAAUCAUUAGGAAGGUCAGUUUAUCUUUGAGAGAUUCAUUAUUUACUUCUUCAACCAUGACCAAAAUGCAUUAAAUCUCAGGAUGACAUUGGUGCAUACACUCUUGUACAUAUAUUGUCUAGGUGUAUUCAAUACCAUCCACGAACAAUGCUUUUUGUGCGUAUUGUAGCUCUCAAGACACACUUUUAGUUAUUCCAAUAUGAGUCAUUUUACAAUUAUAAGUACACUAACUUGCCACUUUUCAAAGAUAAACCUAGGUUGCAUGUCCACAUGGUGGCCAUUUUAUCAGGUUAACCUCCCAUGAGUAAGUGUAGGUGUAUCGUUACUGACUAUAGUCCAUCUGUUGCUGUGGCCAGUUUGCCAGGUCCUGUUUACUCCACCCAUUAGUGCAAAGGGACCACCAGAGGAACACUGCAACAUGACACUCACAAAAUCAACUGUACAAUACAGUAAAUACACUUAAUAAUAUAGCCAUUAAGUGUAGCUAUACAAUAUGUCUUGAUAAACAACUACUCUACUCUAGUAUGUUUAAAUUUUAAAUGUAUUACUCGUGUUUAAAAAAAAUAAUAAAAAAAAGCAGAGCAUUGCCACAUAUUUCUAGUCAGUUACAUUAGAGAUUAAAUUUAAAGUGAAUGCUAACUAGCUUUAUCAGAGGAGCUAGUUUAGCUAAAUCAACUAAUAUUUGUGUGUGUGUGUGUGUGUGUGUGUGUGUGUGUGAGGGAACUUAAACCUUAACCUGUGCCCGUAAUACAUUCCACUUUAAAUAAGGCCCUUGCAUGGAAUAUUAUUUUGCAGUAUUGUAAAUAGUUUAACAUGAAGAAUAUGCUUUAAUAUAUGUGUCAGCAGUUUCAGUUGCAAUUUUAAUUUACUGAAAAAACAUAUUUAAAAAAUUGCUAUUUUAUGUAAAGUGCUAUGAGUGUUACAUUUGCUCACCAUGGGCUGAAUUAACUUGCAUGUAUGAAUAAAAAUUGAAGGAUGUUAAUCGUUUAGAAAACUAUGCCACACCAUGCCAACCCUCCAAAUAGAAGAAAACUCAGGGGUUUAAUGGGGUUAAUGGUAUGGAACGUAUGAAUGCAAAAACACUUAGUUAAUGCUGCUUUUAAAUUAGGAGCAUUAAAAUGUUCUACCCUGUGUAAGUGGUUCCUUGUCUACAGCACAAUCUUUUUCCAAGAAAAAUUUCCAGAAAAGGCAGAUGUCUCCGAUACAAUGUGUAUGCAAUUGAAAUGUGGGUAUUUAUACGACACAAAAUGUUCCAAAGAAUUGGUUUGAGUGAUGUGCCAAAUUGAACCAUAACAGUUUAAGUUUCUGAGUGAGUUUAAGAGCCCGCUAUGUAUGAAGUAACUUUUUUUUUUUUUUUUUUGGAAAAGAUUCUCAAGUGAGGUCUGUCCGUGUAUAUUCGCCUCUUCCAGACUUCUUGCUUCCUGAUUUAUCACUUGUUUUUUUUUUUCUUUAACCUCAAAGCUAUAAAAUACAGUUUUGUAGACUAUGUGGGGUGGGUAUUUAUUUCUAUGUACUGUAUCAGAUCAGUAUAGAUAUAAUGAGUGUGAUCUUUGGUAAUUGUUGCACUUGAUUCUCCCAUGUGAAUGUGAAAUGUGCAUUUUGUAAUGUUCAUAAGGUGUAAAAGAUAUUUUUAAUGUUAAUAUGUAUUUUAUGUGAAGUAAACAUUUUCACCUUCAUGUUUGUUUCAUUUAACAAAGAAAUAAAAAUAAUAAAUAUGUUAUGAU